AUGAACUCUAACAAUCCCGCAUUACUUCAUGAAGUGCGUUUACACGAGAAUCACAGCGAACGGGAACAGAUGGAGAAUAUGAGUGAACUGUUCGCUGUAUUGAAUGCAUUGGAAUGUUUGGAGAAAAUGUUCAGCAGGGAUUACAUUUCACAUGAGGAGUACAAAGUUGAAUGCUUCAAACUACUCGAUCAGUACAAGGUUUCUAUGCGAUUGGUGCAUGGGACCGAUGUCGAAGCUUUCGCUGCGAAAUAUCGCUUACAUUGUCCGGCAGCUCUUGAACGAAUACAUGAAGGACGCCCAAUAACUGUGAAAGAUGACAAAGGAAAUGUACUUAAGAAUAUUGCUGUCAUUGUUGAGGUAUUCAUUACUUUCUUCGAUCAACUGAAGUUAAAUGUUCGUGCCGUUGAUGAGCUUUUCCCAAAUCUCAAUGAAUUGUACACUUCAAUCAAUGCGAUGAGCAGUUUACCCGAAGAUUUUGAUGGAAAAGCGAAGGUGAAGGCAUGGCAUGAUCGUCUUUCAAAAAUGUCCGCGUCGGAAGAGAUUACCGAUGAAGAAGCUCGUCAGAUGAUCUUCGAACUCGAAGGAGCAUAUUCUUCAUUUAUAAAGUUUUUGCACAAUCAACAACAAUGA